AUGCAAGCAUUCGUCCCCAAGAACAGACGGAUCAUUGAUAUUAACAAUGUUCCCCUGGGGAGUAGCACUGCAUUCGUGCGAUGGCGGCUACCCUCAUCAAGUGCCACUGAACACCAGGGCCAUACCGAGAAAGCACCCCUUUCUGAUCACCGCGCCUAUUGGACAUAUGAAAAGACCCUCCAAGUGAGGCUCACUAUUGACAGAACAUUAAUGCUGCAGGAGUGUGAAAUCAACUUUGAAGUCAUCCAAGAAUUCACAUCGUCCCCCAUUUCUGAAAAGAGUGUAUUGGGCAAAAUCAAGCUUAAUCUUGCCGAAUAUGUGGACAAGGUUGAGGAAGACGAAGGGGUGAUCAGACGGUAUCUGAUGCAUGAGAGCAAAGUGAACAGCACCGUCAAAAUCGGCAUUGCUAUGCGCCAGAUAGAAGGCGAUCGCAACUUUACCACGCCUCAGCUUAAAUCAGCUACUGUCUUUGGAGGAAUUGCUGGGGUGGUUCAUUCUACUGAACAGCCAAUCGAUGAUGACCUCGGCCACCUCCCAUCUAUCAACACUAAGACCCGAGAGAUGGCAGAUAUGCAAGACAUGUACCGGCGGACUCUGGCAGCGUCAUGGUCGUCAAGGGCCUGCGAUCUACCUGCCGAUAAGUUGAUCGAGGAACUAUUCGCUGGAAGCUCUUGCUGGAACAAUGACGCACACAAUACGGAUGUCCCCUCCACGGGAGGUCACCGAGAAUCACUAUUGAAUACCGAUGCAGCCGCAAGACAGAGUCGUACUGGGAAAUACCUAUCACCCAGCUUUGAGCGGCGCCCCAAGAGCUCUUCCAGUGCACAUUCACAGAAUAAUGAGAAGGCACCCGAUAUCCUCGCUGGGCUAGGACAUUCAAAAAAAGGAGGCAGCAUCGAACAACAACUAUACGAUGGAGCCAAAGGUCGCGGCUGGAAGGCACCAAGUACAACUAAUGAGCUCUCAGAGUUCGAUGUGAGAGAGGACUUGCGCAGCUGGGAAGUAAAAGAAUAA